AUGGGAGCUUGCUUAUCUUGUCUUUUUGGAAAGAAAACGAAGAGCCUAUACGAACCAUUGCUGCAAGAAAAUGAACGUGAAGCAGUUGCAGAUUUAUUAACCUAUCUUGAGAAUCGUGCCGAAACUAACUUUUUUGAGGGCGACCCAUUACGUGCUCUUUCCACAUUGGCCUUUUCGGAUAAUGUGGACUUACAACGUUCAGCGGCAUUAGCCUUUGCGGAAAUAACUGAAAAAGAAGAUGUUAGGGAAGUGGACCGUGAAACUAUGGAACCCAUUAUGUUCCUCCUUCAAUCUCCUGACGUAGAAGUUCAAAGAGCGGCCUCUGCUGCAUUAGGAAAUUUGGCUGUUAAUACUGAAAAUAAGUUGUUGAUUGUGCAAAUGGGAGGUUUGGAACCAUUGAUUCGACAAAUGUUAUCACCAAAUGUUGAAGUACAAUGUAACGCGGUUGGAUGCAUUACUAAUUUGGCUACACAUGAUGAAAAUAAAUCAAAAAUUGCGAAAUCUGGUGCUUUGGUACCGCUUACACGAUUAGCUCGUUCUAAAGACAUGCGGGUUCAAAGAAACGCAACAGGCGCUUUAUUGAAUAUGACACAUUCUGAUGAGAACAGGCAACAACUUGUAAAUGCUGGCGCUAUACCUGUAUUAGUUAGCCUUCUAAAUUCACCCGAUACGGAUGUUCAAUAUUAUUGUACAACUGCGCUUAGUAAUAUCGCCGUUGAUGCUUUAAACCGAAGAAAGCUUGCCUCAUCAGAAACACGCUUGGUACAAUCGUUGAUUGGUUUAAUGGAUUCUACUUCGCUGAAAGUGCAAUGCCAGGCAGCUUUAGCAUUAAGAAAUUUAGCUUCAGAUGAAAAAUAUCAGCUCGAGAUAGUUCGUUCUCGAGGGUUACCACCUCUUUUAAGAUUACUUCAAUCAUCUUUUCUUCCUUUAAUUCUUUCGUCGGUAGCUUGCAUUCGUAACAUUUCUAUCCAUCCACUUAAUGAAUCUCCAAUAAUCGAUGCGGGUUUCUUGUCACCUCUAAUUCAGCUUUUGGCAUACGAAGAAAACGAAGAAAUUCAAUGUCAUGCCAUUAGCACAUUAAGAAAUCUUGCAGCCAGCUCAGAAAGAAAUAAACGCGCGAUUGUAGAUGCUGGGGCUGUUGAACGAGUAAUAGAAUUGGUGUUAAAUGUGCCAUUAAGCGUUCAAAGCGAAAUGACUGCAUGUGUAGCUGUUUUAGCGUUAAGUGAUGAAUUAAAACCAAGGUUAUUAAAAUUGGGUAUAUGUCAAGUAUUGCUUCCCCUGACAAAUUCUUCAAGCGUUGAGGUGCAAGGAAACAGUGCCGCUGCUUUAGGAAAUUUGUCAUCAAAAGAUUAUUCGCCGUUCGUUAAAGUUUGGGAACAGCCAGAAGGUGGCCUUCAUGGUUACUUGCAACGUUUCUUAUUAAGUACCGAUAAAACAUUUAAACAUAUUGCAGUUUGGACUAUUGUCCAAUUUUUAGAAGGAAGAGAUCCAAAGUUGUUUGCAAACAUUUCUUCCUCGGAUACAAUCGUGUCUGCAAUAAAUAGCUUGGCUGAAUUUGGGGAUGUAGGAUGA